AGCAUGUUUUAUGUCAACUGAUUGCAUGUAUGGCGUGCAGGAGAAGCAUUGGUGGGACGUGAACUCGCAGGAGUACGACCGGAAGUUGCGCGAGAAAGCGGAACACGACCGGAAGCGACUGCAAGCGGCCGAGAAACGAGAGGAAAUAAUUCAAGAGGAAGUUCAAAGAAUUGCCAAAGAAAACGAAGAGGAGAGGCUGUAUUUUACCAAACGAUAUGUGGUAUAUGAAAGGAAGGCAAAGGCGGGACAGAAAGCUCUGGUCAGUCGUAUAGAGAGGAAGCUGACCACCGCGCAAGAGAACUAUGAACAGCAAGUCAAAGAGAGGCUCAACGAAAUCAAGCAAGACGUUAAAAAGGAGGAAGACAGAACGAAACACGCUCUUAAGGCGCAACAGAAGCUAGAGAAACAAAACCACAAGCGCUUCCUCAAGAUGUUGCACAAGACACAAAAGGGUAUCGACGAGGCUAAUAACACGAUUGCCAAGGCGUUUGAAGCCAUAGCAACGGAUAUUAAAAAGGAACGAGAAGAAAAAGAACAGGAGCAGCGUAAGAAAAUGAAAAAACUCGAGAAAGAUGCGCAGAAAUGGUCGAAGAAGAUUAGGAAGGAAAUCACCAAGCGCGAGUCGAUAACGAAGAGCAAACAAGAAGAACGGUCAUCUAUUCUAGAAAAGGGCGCGAGUAUUUCCACGCCGAAGGCAAUGCUCAAGGUCGUGUUGGGUGACGAAAGAUGCAAACGCGGAUGUAUCUGUUGUGCAUUGGUCACGAUGUUCUAA